GGCGCCACAGCGUCACGUGACCCAGGUAAUUGGCUGGGCUAGCAGCUCACCCUCUGCGCGCAGCCCCUGACUUGCAGCUUCCAGGACUGCGCUGCCGCGCGGACCCGACGGCCCGAGUUCCUGCUGGUUGCCCUGAGGAGCCUACUUUCCCUCGCUGGAGAAGACCACCCUCUUCUCUUUACCGCAAAAUGAGUCAGCUGAGGCUGCUGCCGUCCCGGCUUGGGGCACAGGCCUCGAGGCUCCUGGCCCCACAUGAUAUCCAGAUGUUCAGCCAGCGCAGCAGGUCGUCUGGGCCACCGGCCCCCUUCCCAAGCAGCAAACGUGGAGGCAGCUCCAGUUACAUGGAGGAGAUGUACUUCGCCUGGUUGGAAAACCCCCAGAGUGUCCACAAGUCCUGGGACAGCUUCUUCCGGAAAGCCAGUGAGGAAGCCACCUGUGACCCAGCUCAGUCACGGUUCCCUGAGAGCAGGCCAUCAGUCUCGAGCCGGACCAAGACCAGCAAGCUGGUGGAGGACCACCUAGCUGUGCAGUCCCUGAUCCGGGCCUACCAGAUUCGAGGCCACCAUGUGGCCCAGCUGGACCCCCUGGGCAUUCUGGAUGCAGACCUGGACUCCUUUGUGCCCUCGGACUUAAUCACAACCAUCGAUAAACUGGCGUUCUAUGACCUGCGGGAGGCUGACCUAGAUAAGGAGUUCCAGCUGCCCACGACCACCUUCAUCGGGGGAUCUGAGCAUACCCUCUCUCUGCGGGAGAUCAUUCGGCGCCUGGAGAGCACCUACUGCCAGCACAUUGGCCUGGAAUUCAUGUUCAUCAAUGACGUGGAGCAGUGCCAGUGGAUCCGGCAGAAGUUUGAGACCCCUGGUGUGAUGCAGUUUUCCAGUGAGGAGAAGCGGACCCUGCUGGCCCGGCUGGUGCGCUCCAUGAGGUUUGAAGACUUCCUGGCCCGGAAAUGGUCCUCGGAGAAGCGAUUUGGCCUGGAGGGCUGUGAGGUCAUGAUUCCUGCCCUCAAGACCAUCAUAGACAAAUCCAGUGAGAUGGGGAUCGAGAAUGUCAUCCUGGGGAUGCCACACAGGGGCAGGCUGAAUGUGCUGGCCAAUGUGAUCCGCAAGGACCUGGAGCAGAUUUUCUGCCAGUUUGACCCCAAGCUGGAGGCAGCAGAUGAGGGCUCCGGAGACGUCAAGUAUCACCUCGGCAUGUACCAUGAGAGAAUCAACCGGGUCACCAACAGAAAUAUCACUUUGUCCCUUGUGGCCAACCCCUCCCACCUGGAAGCUGUGGACCCUGUGGUGCAGGGAAAAACGAAGGCAGAACAGUUCUACCGAGGGGAUGCCCAGGGCAAGAAGGUCAUGUCCAUCCUGGUUCACGGGGACGCUGCCUUCGCUGGCCAAGGCGUGGUGUAUGAGACCUUCCACCUGAGUGACCUGCCCUCUUACACCACCAAUGGUACUGUGCACAUUGUCGUCAACAACCAGAUCGGCUUCACCACAGACCCCCGCAUGGCCCGCUCAUCACCAUACCCCACCGAUGUGGCUCGUGUGGUUAACGCGCCUAUCUUCCACGUGAACGCAGAUGACCCAGAGGCCGUGAUAUAUGUGUGCAGUGUGGCAGCUGAGUGGAGGAACACCUUCAAUAAAGAUGUUGUGGUGGACUUGGUCUGUUACCGCCGGCGUGGCCACAAUGAGAUGGAUGAGCCCAUGUUCACGCAGCCGCUCAUGUACAAGCAGAUCCACAGACAGGUGCCUGUGCUGAAGAAGUACGCGGACAAGCUCAUUGCUGAGGGCACCGUCACCCUGCAAGAGUUCGAGGAAGAAAUUGCCAAAUACGACCGGAUCUGUGAGGAGGCGUAUGGCAGGUCCAAGGAUAAAAAGAUUCUGCAUAUAAAGCACUGGCUGGACUCCCCCUGGCCCGGCUUCUUCAAUGUGGAUGGGGAGCCCAAGAGCAUGACGUGCCCGGCCACAGGCAUUCCCGAGGACGUGCUGACCCACAUUGGUGAAGUGGCCAGCUCCGUGCCCCUGAAGGACUUUAAGAUCCACACAGGCCUCUCUCGAAUCCUGCGGGGCCGUGCAGAUAUGAUCAAGAACCGGACAGUGGACUGGGCACUGGCAGAGUACAUGGCCUUUGGCUCCCUGCUCAAGGAGGGUAUCCACGUGCGGCUUAGUGGGCAGGAUGUGGAGAGGGGCACGUUCAGUCACCGGCACCACGUUCUCCAUGACCAGGAAGUUGACCGGAGGACGUGUGUCCCCAUGAACCACCUUUGGCCUGACCAGGCCCCCUACACUGUGUGCAACAGCUCCCUCUCAGAGUAUGGAGUCCUGGGCUUUGAGCUGGGCUAUGCCAUGGCAAGCCCCAAUGCCCUGGUCCUCUGGGAGGCUCAGUUUGGUGACUUUCACAACACAGCCCAGUGCAUCAUCGACCAGUUCAUCAGCACCGGCCAGGCCAAGUGGGUGCGGCACAACGGCAUCGUACUGCUGCUGCCCCAUGGCAUGGAGGGCAUGGGCCCAGAACACUCCUCAGCAAGGCCUGAGAGGUUCCUGCAGAUGAGCAACGAUGACUCCGAUGCCUACCCCGUGUUCACCGAGGACUUCGAGGUGAGCCAGCUCUACGAUUGCAACUGGAUUGUUGUCAAUUGCUCCACACCGGCCAACUACUUUCACGUGCUGCGCCGCCAGGUCCUGCUGCCCUUCCGCAAGCCGCUGAUCAUCUUCACACCCAAGUCUCUGCUGAGGCACCCGGAGGCCAAGUCCAGCUUUGACCAAAUGGUAUCCGGGGCCAGCUUCCAGCGGGUGAUUCCUGAGGAUGGGGCUGCGGCGCAGGCUCCUGAGCAGGUGCGGCGGCUCAUCUUCUGCACUGGAAAGGUGUACUACGAUCUGGUGAAGGAGCGGAGCAGCCAGGGCCUGGAGGAACAAGUGGCCAUCACCCGCCUGGAGCAGAUCUCUCCAUUCCCCUUCGACCUGAUCAAGCAAGAGGCAGAGAAGUACCCGGGCGCAGAGCUGGUGUGGUGCCAGGAGGAGCACAAGAACAUGGGCUACUAUGACUACAUCAGCCCGCGCUUCAUGACCAUCCUGAGUCGGGCACGACCCAUAUGGUACGUUGGCCGUGACCCAGCGGCUGCACCAGCCACAGGGAACAGGAACACUCACCUGGUUUCUCUGAAGAAGUUUCUGGAUACUGCCUUUAAUCUCCAGGCCUUUGAGGGCAAGACAUUUUAGAGCUGGCAAGGCCUGGCUGGGUAUUGCUGUGGGACUGGCUAGUGAGGGGAGGGACGGGUGUGCUCCUGCCCAGGAGAGGGGCCGCCCAGAGCCCCAGGAUAAAACAAUACUCACAUAAGUGAUUAAGGCCAAAGGUAGGUGCUGCUGGCUUCAGUAUUAUGCUACCUUGGACCUUGGUGUUUGUUUAUGUCAGAAUCUGUUAGGACUGAGCAAGCCAGAGGGCUCUGAUAGAUGGGCUGUAGUUCGGGAGUGUUUCCCUGCUUGCCCUGGUCUUCCUGAAAUUUUUGUGUGACUUCUCCGUCUCUGCUGUUCGUGUCUCUGCAGACAGCCACCCAGGAGCCCAUGUCUUUGGCCCCUAUCUCCCAUCCUGGUAGAUCUGGUUGCUGCUUACCCUGUCCUUGUUCAUUUGUAGAUUCAAGGAAUGUUCUGUUUCGUGCUCUUAGAAAUAAAGAUUUCAGCAAUAACAACCAGGUGAAGCAAAACCAUGCCAGGUGAUUUAAAUGUGCUCUGUUUUAUGGAGCGUGUCAUAAUGAGGUAUGUCAGCUCCUGUGUGAAAUACAGCCGCAGCUCAAGUGUACCAAAGCAGAAAACCAAAUAACAGAGAAAUAAAAAAGUGCUUAAGAGA